AUGCCGUGGUCAAGCCAGCACUACUGUGGGCCAUCCUUGGGGGAUACCUUAGUGGACCUUGAGGAGGUGGAGGCGUGGCAUCCGGCUCAGGCUCAAUGUGUUUGGCGCUCGGAGUCGAUAAGUGCUGGGAAACAUUGCCGUUGCCAGACGGACAAGACAAGAGAGCGUGAAAUUAUGCUGGUGGGGAAGCAGACGGGCAAGUGGCCCGACGACUGCGAUUGUCACGAGAAGGACAGCAGUUCUCGUAUUUUUGGUGUUCAGAUGCCGUUGAUCCGCGGGGUAACCAAGCAGGAUAGAGUGAGAGCUACUGCCAGAUAG